CAGACUUUGCGUCAUCACGUGACAGGUCAAAAGAACUACAUCCGGGGCAGGCGGUUGGGUCAAAAGGAGAGGUUUUGUACUUUAUAAACAUCAUGUUGUUACGAAGAGUGUUACAGUGUAGUGUAUCUGCACUGAAGAGCAAGCAUUCAUUUCAUCACAGUGCGUCGUGGAGAAAUCCUCUCAUCCCCAUCGUUAUAGAACAGACAGGCCGAGGGGAACGUGCCUACGAUAUUUACUCACGCCUUUUGAGGGAGAGAAUAAUCUGUGUAAUGGGUCCAAUUGACGACUCGGUGGCAAGUCUGGUGAUCGCACAGCUGCUUUUCCUUCAGUCAGAGAGCAACAACAAGCCUAUUCACAUGUACAUCAACAGUCCCGGUGGUGUGGUUACAGCAGGGCUGGCAAUCUAUGACACUAUGCAGUACAUCCUCAACCCGAUCUCUACAUGGUGUGUAGGCCAGGCUGCUAGCAUGGGCAGCUUACUGCUGGCUGCAGGCACUGCGGGUAUGAGGCACUCACUGCCCAACGCCCGCAUAAUGGUGCACCAGCCUUCGGGAGGGGCCAGGGGACAAGCAACAGACAUCGCCAUCCAGGCCGAGGAGAUUCUCAAGCUUAAGAGACAGAUUAACAACAUCUACUGUAAACAUACAGGACAGCCUCUGGAAACUAUAGAGAGCGUGAUGGAGAGAGACCGAUACAUGAGUCCCAUGGAGGCUCAAGACUUUGGGAUUAUUGACAGGGUCCUGGUCCACCCUCCCCAGGCUGGGCAGGAUGAGCCAGAGCUGGUCCAGAAGGAACCAACCACCUCAGCCAGCCCCUCUUCCCCCUCCCAGCCCUCAGUCUCAGAGCUGGCCCAGUCUGGGGCCAGUCCACCUUCUUCUUACAAACCUGAACCGUGACAUGGAAGAGCGGUCCGUGAUCAGGCUCAGCCACUGGUACUGUCUCUUACAAUGGGAUAGGAUAUUAGAGUACACUUGUUCCUCUCUGAUAUCCAAAUGUGAGCCUGUGUUGUGUGUAUCACACUGUACUGAGCAAGCCUCAUCCUGGGACAGGAACGAUUGACAAAAUGAAGUCAAAACAUUACGGACAAGUAUAUAACAAUAUGGCACUUUGUCUUACUCAUAUGUGAUGUACAAAAAGCCUUGUGAUUUUACUAGUCAGGAUCACCAAUAAAAACACCACCUGAAGUGUA